AUGAAUCGCGAGUACACUGACGAACAGUUAGCGUCGGUUAAGAAAAUAAAAAAAUGCAAAGACUAUUACGAAAUCUUGUCGGUAACCAAAGAUGUUACCGAUUCGGACAUUAAAAAACAGUACCGCAAACUGGCCCUACAGUUUCAUCCGGACAAAAACAAGGCUCCCGGUGCUGCCGAAGCCUUCAAAAUGAUUGGCAACGCUUUCGCUAUACUAAGCGACGCCGAAAAGCGCAAACGUUACGACAUGUACGGCUCGGAUGAGGACCAGCGGCGACGGUCGCACAACCAGUACUAYGAAAACAAUGGCGGCUACUAUGACUAUACACGCGGUUUUGGCGACGAUAUCAAUGCCGACGAAAUAUUCAAUAUGUUUUUUGGCGGCGGUUUUCCGUCGGGCAAUGUCUACGUACGGCGUACUAAUCGGCCGUAUCGCGAAACCUCACAUCGACAACAUAACCAUCAAAACAAUCAGGAAGUGGCCUCCGGUUACAAUGUAUUGCUCCAAAUGAUGCCCGUCUUAGUCCUACUGUGUCUAUCGCUGAUGAGCACAUUCUUUGUGUCGGAUCCAGUGUAUAGUCUCAGCCGAACUCAGAAAUACCAAUACGAAAGAAAGACCCAAAACCUAGAGAUACCGUAUUUUGUUAGAGAAAACUUCGACAAAGACAAUAGUAAGGCAACCAUACGUCGAAUUGAACAACAAGUCGAAGAAGAUUAUGUGUCCAAUUUGAGGGCAUCCUGUUUUCGGGAACGCAAUUAUAAGGAAAGUAUGGUUUGGAGAGCUCGUAAUUUCCGGGACAAAGAUCUCGAGGAAAGGGCUAAAAGUUUGAAGACACCCUCAUGUGAUCAUUUGCAUAGAAUAUCUCAACAGUAUGUCCUGUGGUAACACAACCAAUACUUUAGUAGACAUAUAUUAUAUAAGAAAAUAAAGAUAAAGAGAGAGAGAGAGAGAGAGAGAGACAGACAGACAGAUAAAAAAAUUGUAAAUUAAUUUAUUUAUCAUUUAAACAAUACAACUACAAAAAAACACGAAAAAACAAACAAAUAGUUGACAAACAAAUAAUAAUAAUAAUAAUAUC